AUGAGUGAGUAUCUAAAACUCAAAGCCAGGCAAGCGGAUAUAAGAGCUAGAAUUGAAUGCAAAGAUCAAGGUGAUAAAGCCAUUUCUGAGAGAAUGGAGUUUUUACUCACUAAGGUCAAACAAAUGGAAGAUUAUGCAAAAGACCUGAGCAAAGACAUGUCAAAUAUGCCACCUGAUGCUGCCCUACAAGAGGUAAUGAGAAAGGAGUUUCUUGAAUUCAUCAUGAAAGAAAAGUUCUAUUCAGCUAAAGAGGAACAAUUCAGUGAAUGGCCACUCAUUGCACUAAAGCAUGAGGUAAACAUGAUCAAGAGAAUCAAGAAUGAUACUAGUAAGAAAAGAACAGCUCCAAACUGGAGCAAAUACAAGCAGGCCAUUAAUAAACUUACUUCAGAAUACAAAAGAAAGAAGGAGGAGUUGGUGGAUGUAAAGGAGCUGAAAAGAAGGAAAAUGACAGAUCCUAAUUUACCAAAGAAGCCUGAACACAAAGAGCCAAAACAGGUCAUUGAUCCUAAACCACUGUUCACAUCAGCAGAUACCCCUAUCCUUGUGAUAAACCAAGAAAAAGGGAAACUGUUGACCAAUGAAGAAGAAAAAGAAAAGGAAACUGAGUACUUUACAGAAGCCAUCAAGAAAAUGGAUUUAAAAGAAGAUAGCUCAGCAAAACUUCAAAAUCUUGUCAAAAAGGUAUUAAGCAAACCUGCAUCACCAAACACUUCAGCAGAUAUGACAGCCAUUGAGCUAGAUCAAAAGAAGAGACAAGAGCUGAUUGAAAAAGAGACUGCAGAAGAUAUAGCUAUAGCAAAUGAUGUCAUAAAUAUGGCUUUCAAACAAAUGUCUGCUGAAAGUUCACAAGUCUUCACAAGGCCAAUAUCUUCAAACUCAUCAGUAAAUAAACCUCUCCCAAGAAACCCAUUGGGUUCAAAAGUACUAAAAUGGAUGUGUAGGAUCGAGUUCGGCCCUGUUUGA